UGUAGAUUCUUAGUUUCAAGGAACCGCAUUUAUAGCCAGCCUCUUGACAUAGGCUGCAGAGUAAAUCGAGUGCAGUCUGUGCCGUUCAAUGAUUUCUCAUGCAUUCCAAAGCCCAGUGGUCCACCAUGCGCCAGCCUUUCAGGUGCAGCCUACCAGCUACCUGACAAAGGCGAAGAAGCCGACUGCACGGGCAUUCUUUUGGACUGCUGCCCUGGCACCCUUCACCGCAGCCGUGCGCACACGCGCACAAGCUGGAAGGUGCUAUAAGGUCCGGAAGGUGUCAGACAAGGGCUUUGGCGCGAUCGCUCUCGAGCCAAUUGCGAGUGGCCAGCUUGUGGCUGAAGAGGAACCUGCGCUCCGAUGGUCGGGUGCUGAGGAUGAGGCAGAACUGCAAGAAUGCUUUGACGCACUCUCAGUGCAGCAAAAGGAGGCACUUCUGGAGUUGGAGGACGCAUUUGCAGAAAGGCAAGGCAAAACGAUAUUGGGGAUAGCUCGGACCAACGCAUUUCAAGCUGGAGAACCAUCCGAUCCACUACUCGAAGAAGAAGAAGAAUCACGAGUGCUGUAUUUAGAAUUGAGCCGCUUCAAUCAUUCUUGCCUCCCCAAUUGUGGAGUCAGCUGGGAUGACCGCGAAGGAAUGCUUCAAGUAUAUGCUGAGCGGGACAUUGCCGCCGGUGAGGAGCUAUGCCUUUACUAUCAGGAUGUGCGAUUUCCAACACCAGUUCGGCAGGAGAGAUUGAUAUCAUUGGGCUUCCAAUGUGCAUGUCCAGUUUGUGUGGCAGCAGAUCCAGUGAGCGACGAGCGGCGGGCCCGCAUGCAGCAGCUCAUAGAGGAGUUGGAAGAGAGCGAGGAUGAAAAGGCCCUUGAGCUGAUCCAAGAGACGUUGCGUCUUUAUGACGAGGAACGGUUGACUGUGAUCAGCUAUCGGAAGAUGGCCGCUUACAAGGCCUACGCCCAUUCCAUGUCUUUGGGAAAUUUGUCAGACGCUGCGCGAUGGGCAAAGUUGGCUUACAAGUACUGCCUACAAUGCCAUGGUCCAUACCAUGCACAGACGAAGGUCCUGCGUGCCCAUGCAAAUCGCGUUCGGUCAUAGUUGGAGUCUUGGUCAUCGUGAUCUACGAGGCGCUUGGUCACCAGUGGAAGGCGAUGCAGUAGAACAACCCUGAUGCUGGAAGUGUUUGUGUUGUGGCUUCAUCACGACAAUGGACAUUUCCUCGACAGCUACGGACCGACAAGUCCAAUCAACAUACCAGGAUUGAGAGUGAUUGCAGGGCUCAUCAUGUGAACUCGGGGCCACAAGAGGAAGACGAGUGAGAUGAGCCUUUGGACGGAGACGGUUUCCAUGGAAGCCCCAUUCAGCGCAAAAGGAUGCAAAAGGAGUGCUUGAUAGCGCUUGUGUCCCUAUGUGCGAUUGGGUCAAUCUUCCAAUUACUAGUAGCUAGUAGCUAGAAGCUACUAGUAACAAGUGCAUCGCUACUAAU